ACAGCUGUUUUAAGCGGAAAGAAACGAAGUGAGAGAGCGCACGUGCAAUUUGCAAAUUCACUUGCGCUGCGUUUAACGCAAAAGUUGAGAAAUUAAAUCGGUGUGAAUAUCGGAUGAAAUUAAUAUAUCUAUUUAGUAAUUCUGCAUAGCGCAGCCAUUUCCAAUUAAAGCAGAGCAACCCCAUUAAAGCGUGUUAAUAUAUUUUUUGGUGUUAAAGUGUGAUUAAAUAAAAGUGCAUUUUUCUUUUAACUUAAAACAAAAACUACGAAGUUAUGCCCCUCGCGAACUAUUUGGAAAAUCGCGUGCUGCGUUAUGUCGCUUAUGGUGCUCUAGUAGCAGUUUCGACGGAGGCUGCAUACUAUAUUUUUAAGUUUGUACGUAAACAGUUUAAUGGCGAAGAGAUUUGUGAGGUCAUAUGGACCAGUGAGUUAACCCAAGCUUGUUUGAAUGGGCAUUAUGGACAAGACAACUAUAGGGAGGACAUGAGAAGUGGGAAGCACGAUAACUGCACCAACCACUAUUGUGUCAAGCAUAACGUCAAUCGUUUAAUUGAGUACAUUGAUAAUGCAAAAUAUUCCAUCGAUUUAGCCAUGUACACCUUCACUUCGCAUGAUCUUGCAAGUGCUUUCAAACGUGCUUACAAGCGUAAUGUGGCAAUACGCAUUAUAAGUGAUCAAGAGAUGAUACAGUCAAGUGGCUCUCAAGUAGUGAUGCUUUCACAGCUGGGUAUAUCCGUACGUUGGCCCAGCAGUGUGUUGUUGAUGCAUCAUAAGUUUUGCAUUAUCGAUGGCGAGUAUCGUGCCGGGCAAGUUGUCGAUUUAAAAACAGGAAGACAACGAGCAAGACCUCGUGGUGUUUUGCUUACGGGAUCGCUUAAUUGGACCAUGCAGGGUUUUGGAGGGAAUUGGGAGAAUAUUCUCAUAACAUCUAACAAGAAACUCAUAAAUGCAUAUGAGUUAGAGUUCGCACGCUUAUGGAAAUAUUUUAAUAACAGUGUUUCUAUGGAGAGACGUUCCCUAAUGGGUAUGGGUCCAGCCAAAUGAAUUGCAGUCCUUACCAAGGUAUGUU